CGGCCAUAAGCUCCGCCAUCAGAUGAAUGAAAUGAAAUCAACUGACAGAUGACUCUGCCGGAAGGGAUGAUGGGUCUGCGAAGAAGCGGUGCCCUAUAUAAGGGGACUUCUCCCUGAGUCUGGAAGGGGAUUGACAACUCUUUCGUCUUUCCUUAUAUAUAGUUCCCACUUUCCUCGCGUUUAAUUGUCCAUCUAUUCCUAUCCAAAACAAGAAACAUUGCAUAUAUAUAAGCAACAUGUGGUCCUUCACAUGGGCAGCCGCAUGCCUAAUAACCCUCUUCACCUCCGUCCUCACCUCCCCAAUCAAACCCCGAGCCCAAGGCCCCUGGCUAGCCCUCGACACCGACUUCCCAGACCCCAGCUUCGUCCAAGCAGACGACGGCACAUGGUACGCCUUCGGGACAAACGGCAAUGGCAAGCGAGUUCAAGUAGCCAGCUCCCCAGACUUCAACACAUGGACGCUCCUCGACAAGGAAGCCCUACCUACGCUGGCGGGGUGGGAGACGGAGGUUGAUCAUUGGGCGCCGGAUGUUAUUCGACGGAACGACGGAAAAUACGUAAUGUACUACUCUGGCGAAGCCAAAGAAAUGGUCCGCCACCACUGCGUCGGCGUUGCCGUCUCGGAAUCUACAGAUCCCACGGGCCCUUAUAUCCCCAACUCGGACCCGCUCUCCUGCCGACUAGACCAAGGAGGGUCCAUCGAUCCAGCGGGAUUCCUCGACAAAGACGGUUCCCGAUACGUGGUCUUCAAAGUCGACGGCAACAGCAUCGGGAACGGCGGGGACUGCAAUAACGGCGUUGCACCGCUCGUUCCGACACCGAUUCUGCUGCAAAAGGUUGCAGAGGAUGGGUUCACGCUCGUCGGCGAUGCAGUGGAGAUUCUAGACCGGGACGAUAGUGACGGGCCGUUGGUCGAGGCGCCGAAUUUGAUCCUGCACGGGGAUACGUAUUUCCUGUUCUAUUCGACGCAUUGUUUUACCGACCCGUUGUAUGAUGUGCGGUAUGCUACAUCCAAGUCCAUCACCGGGCCGUUUGUGAAGUCCGGGAAGAAGUUAAUUCAGGGGGGUGAGAGUAAUGGAGGUGGGUUGGACUUGACGUCGCCCGGAGGAGGGACAGUUUGUGGGUGUGGGGAUAAGAUGCUGUUUCAUGCGUUUUGUGGGGACGUAAGAUGUACUUAUGCGGCGAAUGUGUUUAUUGAUGGGGAGACUGUUGGUAUUGCUUGAUUCCUCUGUUAUGUGGAGGGGUUCUUUCUGGAGUAUAUAGUUUGAUAUCCAUAUUCAUGUAUUUUUUUGUAAAAGACCCUAUACUGGAAUUCAUAUUGGAGACCAUUCGUUCAGUUUUAAGUCAUCGCUUUUAUGGACAAUUUUCAUACUCAUAAGUUACGACGCGUUAAGAACCCACGACUCAAAAGGAACACCCCGCAUCUUCUCCUUCCCAUCAGAACCCUUCUCAUAAACGUCUUGACAGCAUUGUUUGCAAUCCGCUCCGCCACUUCAGGGUUAUCAAGAAGAUAACCCAUCUUACGAUCAAGGUCUGAGAAUUCCCGAUCAACCUCGACAUAAUUGGCAUCAGUGCCAGUUGCCACAAGCGCGGCGUGGUGUG